UUUCCGUCUACAUCGAAUGGCAGUAUCGAACACAAACGCCGACCUUGACGUCUAACGAGCUCGGGAGCGGAAAUAGAACGGUCUAUUCUUAGCUAACGGGAUUAGGCGCCUCACCUGCCGCUGCAGACGGUGGUGACGCAGCGCAAACCGAACAAAAACAUCGCGAUAUGCUCUGAAAUAUCGACUUCGCGAUCGAGCUGUUUUUGUCAAUUUCACUCGUUUUAAGACUCGCAACUCCUCAUAAGCGCCACCUCUGCUUGAAGCCCAUUGGCUGCUUGGCUUCUCCUCUGACGUCACCAGCACAACAAAUACACGUGUUGGCGCGUGAAGCUGCUGGCAGGCGCGCGCUCACCUGUUGGAUCCAGGCGGACAUGACGAGCGGCGUCUUCCUCGGCGGCACAGACGAGUGAACCCGGCCAUGAAGAGUCAGGAGGCGCCGCCGCAGACGAGCAGCGUGUGGGUGUUCGGCUACGGCUCUCUGGUGUGGAAGCCCGACUUCCAGUUCAGCAGGCGGGAGGUCGGUCACAUCAGGGGCUACAAGAGGAGGUUCUGGCAUGGAGACGACUUCUACCGAGGAGACAAGGACAAGCCAGCCAGGGUGGUGACGCUGGUGGAGGAGGAGGAGGCCUGCACGUGGGGCGUGGCCUACCAGGUGAUGGACCAACAGGUGGAGGAUUGCCUCCAGUAUCUCAACAAGCGGGAGGUGGUGCUGGGCGGCUACGUCAUCGAAACGGUGGAGUUCAUCCCGCAGCAGAAGCAGCAGGAGCGGAUCUUGGCUCUGGUCUACAUCGCCACCUCCGACUCGCCCACCUACCUGGGCCCGGCCUCGGAGCAGGAGAUCGCCUCCCAGAUCUCCAUCUGCAGGGGAACCACCGGCCACAACAUGGAGUACCUGCUGCGACUGGCCCAGUUCAUGCGGCGCCACUGUCCCGAGGUGGACGACCAGCACCUGUUCUCCAUCGAGGCGGCCGUUUUUCGCAUCUUCCGUGCGUGCGGCGGGUCGGAAGCGCCCGAACAGUACUCGCUCCGGCUGGAAAUGUUCUAGAGACACGUGGACCCUCCAUGGCUGUUGUCAUAUCGGACUUUCAUUCUUUGACUCGAUUGUUACGCUGUCUUCUUUUAGCUUGCGAUUUUAUCUACACUGCCGUAGACCAACUGCUAUAACUAGCCUGACGGUUCAGGUGAACUACGAAAGAGACUCUUUUAACGCUAAUGCUAAUGCUAACAGCAGGAUUCAAUGGAAGCUAACGCAGCACUUGCUCGCUAAACAAAUCUACUUUUUUUUAUUAUUAUUCUUCCUGUUCUUGUGAUUAUUAUUGUGCUGCAUUUGUACUUUUGUGGUGCUAUGAAGAGCGAACAAAGACCGCCGAGAGCUCCGUGGUACAAGCAUUGUGGAACAGACCUUUGU